AAUCGAGAUCCUCACAACACAAAUUACAUCUCCUCAACUCACCAAAUUCAACCACAAAUCUCUCUACGUCGAAAAUGUCUGGGCGCGGCAAGGGAGGCAAGGGGCUGGGCAAGGGCGGAGCGAAACGGCACCGUAAAGUGCUCCGCGACAACAUCCAGGGCAUCACGAAGCCGGCGAUCCGGCGCCUGGCGAGGAGAGGCGGCGUGAAGAGGAUCAGCGGCCUCAUCUACGAGGAGACCAGAGGAGUUCUCAAGAUAUUUUUGGAGAACGUCAUCAGAGACGCGGUGACUUACACCGAGCACGCUAGGAGGAAGACUGUUACUGCGAUGGAUGUGGUUUACGCUUUGAAGAGGCAGGGACGCACGCUUUACGGCUUUGGCGGCUGAUAUUUUCUCUAAUUUUUUGAAAUUCUGCUGUGAUUUUGAUAUUUCUUAGAAGCUGAAAUCGUUGAUGUUUGUAGAUCUGCUAUUUUACUAUCUUAAUUCAUCUAUGGAAGAAAUAUCUUGUUGGGGAAA